CGGUGAACGGUGACUGAACUGCCAAUGUCGAGCCCGCGCACAGCCGCCAAAUCGGAUGAAGACGAUGGGAGCGGUGUGUGUCGAUCCAUGUUCUGUCCAAAGAGGUAUCCUGACUCCGUCGCACCAGAGUACCGAUGGUUUCAGACCUGGGACACAAUCCAGCAAAUGACGAAACUGGUGAAUCACCACUUUGGUGAGUUGGCCUGGUUCGCCUUUCACGGCGUCGGGGAUCCCCAUGCGUCGGUCUCCCGCGCGGUCUUGUUCACGUUGAGUCGCCAGCUCUUCGGGCACAAGGUGUCAGUUUUGGGCACCACGCCCACAGCUGGUCUAUGGUUUGCCGCCUACGUGAAGACCUUCCGGACUUUGGGCGGGACGCUGGAAGCCUUGGCCACCAUGACCGAGAUCUUCGCUUUUCAGAUCAACAGCAUUUUGCUUCUUUGGGCAGCAGGGAUGUUAGGAGCCAUGGCUGAAGCAAUGAACAGCGCGACACGCUCCUGCAUUCUGCAGCAUUUUUCGAAGGAGAAGAAUAAUCACGACGUCACCUUGAAGGAGAACAAUCAGGACAACGCAGGGAGUACCAUUGGUGUCUUGGGAGGUUUGAUUGUGGUCGCGUCCAUCAACCGAGCUGGUGGGUUCAAUGAUCAAACCCUCACAGGGUGUUGCAUCGUUUGCUUCUGCCUGUGUAUGGUCCAUGUGUGGACAAACCUCGCGUCCUCUUUGGUGCUGAAGAUCCCACCGGGAACCUUCUUCUUGAGACACUGCAAGACGAGGAGGUAUGUGAUUGUGACCUCGGGCAACUCCUUGGCAGCUGCAGCUGACACUCUGGCGGAUGAGAGGGUGGAGAUCUUCAAGCUCCCUUCCGAUCAGAUUUUUGGCAAAGCAUUGAUGAGUACCAAUGAAGUUUGGUUCGAUCAGGAUGGACAAGCGGCAGCUGACCCCUGUGCCGCCCAGCUGGACGAAGAUGGGCAAAGCAUCGUCCUUCGUGGGGAGAAGUAUCAGCUGGAGGCCUGCACGUCGCUACGCAGCUCUAAAUCUGCCUCGACCCUUUUCUUCCCACCAGGCUGGCCGGUCACCAUGCCCAAGGGCUUUGACGCCUUUGCUGCUUAUGACCUCAUUGGGGGCAUCACUUCGACGCCCAGGAAGCUUUUGCAUGUUUUCAUUUACUGGAAGUAUGUAGCUGGUGUAGGCGAUGCUUCCAAGGGUCCAGCCUACGCCUGCUUGCUGGGGCUGUUUGGAACCAGCAUUGGUUUGGUCUCUGGCCUCAUUAGCGGCGUGCCGAUCUUGGCUGAGAACUAUGAUCACAGGUGGCUCAUACCGUCCUACAUCCUGACCAUGAUUGCGGAAGCCUCCAACAUGAUUGCAAUGGUCUUUCCAUUGAAGUGGUAUUUGCUGAUCAAUGCGCUCGGGAUCCCUUUGGCCAGCCUUUCAAACAUCAUCCGAAAGGCCGUCUAUGCAGAGGUCGACCGGCGUUGGGCGAGCCAUCCUUCAGUGGAGCUGAUUCACUUGAAUCUGUGCAAGCGAAAUCGUGCGACGAUUCUGAACCUGCUCACCAGCAUCCUUUGUGUUUGGUAUUCGCUCCACUUGGUGAACUCCAGCAUUCAUCCGAGUCUCCAAGGCAUCUUCGCAGUUUAUGUCAUGCUGCUUCUCUUCGACUUCGCUGCGAACUUCCAGAAGAGCAAGAUUGCCUCAGAGCUGCUGCAGAAUCAGAACAGCUACGACUACGAGCUGACAGAGAUGGAUCAUGAGCCAUACCAACCGCAGAGGAGACUUGGUGAGCAACAUGGCCCUGGCCUAAGCUUUUCCAUGAAGAAGUUUGGGAUGACGCUCUUCCUGGUCAUGGGAGAAGCAGCUGUCUAUGCCGGACUGGUGACAACCUUGUCUGGGAACACCAAUCAGCUGGAGCCCUGCACUGAAAGGUGUUUACAGUUCAAGCUGAUCAGCGAUCAGUCGUCCAUUCCUGGCACGGGCAUGUUCCCCUUUCCAGUGCGGAAUGGCCUGGAUCAUCAGCAGCUGAAAGACACUUGUCAAGACUUUGGGGGCCUCAACUGCGAGUUGCUGACGGCGUCCUGCAGUGCGUCGGUAUGUGAAGAGCGCCGCGUACGGCGGAUGGUGGAAGAUCGGUUGAGUGGCUCCAAGUCCAAGACGAGCUUCGUGGUGUCGAUCGGUGUCUAUUCAGUCUUGAACUUGAUGCAUGACGUCGGAUUGCAAGCCCGGUGCUUGGGCCCCAACGAUGCUGUGAUGCUUCAAAUCCUCGCCACCCUUUGCUUGGCAGUGAUGGCGGCCUCUGCCCUCAUGUGGGCCUCUGGCGCCAUGGAGCUCUUCUUCAGCCCAGUGCCAGUGGACAGCUGUGGUUGCUAUUUCCGCAUGGCGGAUGUACCCUCGAUCGUGGCCCUGGUGUUGCCGCUGAACCUGGUGAUUCGUCUCCAAGGCAACGUGAAACAGGCGAUGUAUGCUGCGAUCAUCGAAUCCAGCUGCCUGCGGACUGUUGUCUUCGCUUUGCCAUACCACUUCAUUCGCAACUCGAAGAUCCACAGUGAAGAAAGCUUGAGCCAGGGGAGCCUUUUGGGUGUCGAAGGCCUAGGACGAGGCACGGGCUCCUCGGAGCCUAUGCCGCGUCUCUUCGAUCGCUUCACGCGACGGGAAAGUGUGAAGCACUGGGCGCAAUGGCUGCCCUUUCUAGCAGUAGGGAUUGUGAUCCUUCCCCUGCUGUUGUCCAGCAGCUUCAUCAUCUAUCGCGUGGUGGACCUAGUUCUGUCUUGGUUAGAGGCUUCCUUGUCGAAGUUCGUGACAAUAGAUCGAAGUUGCGGCACGAUCGCUCUCUUUGGCGUUUACAGCAUGAUCCUCAUGCAGACCUUGCUGGUCGGCUACUUCCUUUCUGGGCUACACACACUGUAUUUCGUGUUGUCCAUGCAGCUGGGCAAAUGGCCAGCCGAUCCGCAGCUUCUGGCACGUCUCCCUGAGGCCAAGCCGGAACUCCGCUGGGCCUUGCGCCUGGCGCGGCGGGCCACAACGCGCUAGGACGCGAGGCUCAAGUCACCGCUCUUGUUGGCAAGCGAAUGUGGCGACUGGCCGCUGCUUGUCGGGUGAUUUGGAGUGCUUCAGGAGCGACGCAGGCGAUAGAUGUCACAUGUACAGGUCUUGAUCUUCCUCGUGCGAACAGGUUGUGACAGCUAUAGAAUUUGCUGACCACUUUUCUUUGCCGUCAGGCCAGCCAGUCCAAAGUUGACUAAGACAUACUAGGACUUGUUUCUUGAAUCAGCUUGAGCUCUUCACCCAAAUUUGGCUGAGGGUCAGGCAGAUGGGUUUCCACCCCAAAGAGCCUCACAGAAAGACUUUGUGAGAAUGGGUGGCCAGGUUUAUGCCCGGCCCGAUCUAGGUGCUAAUGAACGCGUGUCGGCAGGGCAGAGGUUUUGUUUGCCUUGACGAGUGGCGCGCGUGAAAA